AUGACCUGCAAUGCUGACAGACAGGUGGAGAGCCUGAUGAGCAAGCUCGCUAUCGAGAAGAGAGUGCAGUAUGGCGCCGAGAAGAUGCUGGACCGAACGGGGGAUGAGCAGGAGCAGGUCAAGCAGCGCAUCACCGCACAGCUCGAGAGUGCGAAUGGCAACAUCAAGACGCUCGAAGAUCGAUUGGAACGGUUACGAGGCACACCGACGCCGACGGCCCGCGAUGCUGAACGGUCUCAGCACGACGGGGACGUCGCCCACGUCGACUUUGCUGAGUGCGGGCAACGAGGGGACAGCCCGCGAUCGACGCCGACUCAUCCCUCGCUUUCACUCGCAGGCUCCCCGGCUCCAGAUGUGGACGAGGAGCACCUCGCCUCUCUGCGCAUCAGCGUGCGCGCGUACCUACGCAAACUCCGCGAUGUCUCCCACUACGAGGGGAAGGGGAAGGAGGUCGACCGCGGCGAGGAUGGGUGGGAGGCGCUGACGAAUCUGGCCGACUUGUUCAAGAAGAACCCGGGACUGCAGAAACAGGUCGACAUGCACGACGUGCUGCACUGCACUAUGCCCUUCCUCGCAGACACCGCCAGCGUUUCCCAACGAGCAGCAGCAUACAGGCUGCUCCGGUAUACGCUGAGUCGGCGGAACUGGGGUCUGAUGCUGAACGCUGGCAUCGAGACAUUCACGCGAGAUGCGAAAGCAGUGUGCGAGAGGGAACAGGCAUUGCGUCUUAUCCGUGCCGUGGUCACCCUCCCAAUCGACGAGCUGCACGACCCAUGCCCAACGUUGAACUAUAAGGUCGCCCUGCGGCCGGGGUUCGUGCGCGCCGUCGUCAGCGCGGCGGAGAAUCCGGACGAUCCAAUGCACACCGUGUGCAUGGAGACGCUGACUGAGAUUGCACUUCUGGAUCUGGAGUGUCUCUUGCGCGCAGACGCUUUCCGCGUCAUCUUGAAUGCAUUCAAGGAUGGGCCGUUCGAGCUCGGACUGGGCAUGACGGGGCUGAUGCUGUAUCUCGUCAACUGGCCGCAUACACGCCAGCUCCUGGUCCCUGGCAGCGACCUUGAGACGGUCCUCGUCGGCUUGACGGAGCAGUACGGCAAGAUCCCCUCGCGGCAGAUGCAGAAGCACCUCGACAACUUGGACCACUGCAGCGACUUCCGGGCAAUCAAGUCGUUGAUCUCGUCGCUCUUCGUCCCCAUGGCGGAGAUGAGGGCACCGUCGUGGACUUCGGCGUUUCUCGACGGACGCCGACUCACGGUAUACAAUCGCGCGUAUGAGGCGACAAAGGGCGAGUUCGCCCAGGAGGUCACGGACGACGAUGAGAUGCCGCACCGCCUCAACCUCGUUGACAACUACAUCGCCUUUCUCCUUGCCGUGUUCAUCGAGGCGGGACUUCUUGAGGAUGAGUCAUGCACCCAGCCAGUGAACCGAAAGGCGACCCUGCUGCUGGGUGAGAUCCUCCAGCUGGCGAGCCACAUUCUGCCGCUCCAGUAUGCGGCGAGGAUCCAGGAGUCCCUGCUCCGCAGUCAGCGGCAAGUGCAGCAGAUGAAGCUGCGCCUCGGGCUGCAGAUCGAGGACAAGCAGUUCCAGGCGAUGAUCAAUGAGUCUGGGCCGCGACCACAACAAGUGGAACUACGACAUCAUCAUGGAGUUGCUCCAGGGCCCCCUGCUGAACCCGAAACGACUCGACGAGGUCAUCAAAGCGACCAAGUUCAUCCGGCGCCUCUUCUCCUUCCUGCACCCGUACAACAACCGCUUCUCGGCAAUCCUGCGGACAAGAGUGGGUGGUUGUGUGUUUACCUUGCUAACCCAUCAGCCGAACUACAAAUGGGUGCGGCUCGCGCGAGCGCUUCUCACGACGAUGCUGAUCAACCCCGAGGGCCAGAAGUUCCUCGCCGACGACAAGCUCCUGCGCCAGAUUGUGGAGUGCCUGACCGAGCUGGACCAGUAUGCCGGUCAGCCGGCGUCGCAGCCCUUCUUCUCCGUCGACAGGCUCGAGCACACCCUCUCCUUCGGCUACUUCGAGAUGAUUGGUAUCCUGACCAAACACCAGGUCGGCAUCCAUUCUUCACGUGCUUCUACCACCUGUGCGAGUUGCGCAGCCGCGGCGACAUCAUCAAGCUCAUCAUCGAGUGCUGCGACUACACCAUCAACGCUCAUCCGCGUAUCGUGCUGUCCAAGGCGCUGACCUCCAGCUUCCUGCUCCUCGUGACGCAGCUGUACGAUCCUGCGAUGGAGGUGUGCGAAAUUGCAGUGAUGUACCUCGAGGAGGCGUGCAGCAACCCGGACAACCUCGAGAAGGUUGUGCAGCUGCGCCCAACGUUAGAACAUCUCGGCGACAUUGGCGCAAACCUGUUCCUUCCAACUAACGACAGAACACCAUCGCAAGGCUCCCCUGCGCACUCGCCGACACAUCGCUACCCACCUCCUACGUCGCAGCGAUGGCACAGUGGGGGUCACCGGCGCGGCCGAGCGUCGAGCACCUGGGCUCGAGCGUCUCGACGCGCUCGUACCUAG